AAAUAUUCCGAAAGUUUGAAGUGCUGGUCGUGACCGAGAAUGGAUGCAAGAGAGAAUUUGAACAAUUUCGCAGUUGGAUCUGUGCCAUCGUUGUUUUACAUUCCUGGUUUCAUCACUGAGGGUGAACAACAGCAGCUCCUUAACAACAUCUACCAAGCCCCCGUAUCGAAGUGGAAAUGUUUGAAGAGCAGGAGACUGCAAAAUUGGGGAGGUGUAGUCCAUGAGAAGGGCCUUUUACCGCAAGAUUGUGCAGCUACUGCUGAUCUUUUAGAUGGUGUUUGUUUGCUAGAGGUCUUACUAUGA